AUGAUGUUGCAGCCUCGCCUACAGAAGCAGACGCCAAAAGAUCUGUGGGACGAAGCCUACAAUCUAUUUCGGAAUGACAAGGACAAGAAGAAGCUCAUGGACGGGUAUGAGAAGUUUCUGGAAACCCCACCGUCUUCGCAGGACUCUACUCAGCCAGCCGUGGAAGCAGCUCGUGCUAGGCUCACCAUCGGUAAAGAGACGUACGUUAUCAAAGAGAAAGUCGACAAAAUUAUUUCUGCAAUCAUCUAUGCCAAAGAUUUCAUUACUGCUGCUGCUAGUUUAGAACCACACGCAGCACUCGCAUGGGCUGGCGUCUCGGUCCUGCUUCCGGUAACUCUACUCAGCCGUUAUAUAAUAGCAACUCCAGUCUACUUCAGCGAGACUGAAGUACAACAACUUGAAGUCGCCUUCGAAUCCAAAACAGUAAAGCUAUAUUCUCAAAUACUAGAACAUCAAAUUCGACUCGCCUACCAAUGUACACGGGUCAAAAUAUCUCGCUCCUUCAGAGAUAUUGUGCUCGCCGAUGACUGGAAAGCUAUGCUCACCGAGGUGAAGGAGUGUGAACAAAGCAUUAGUAAAGACCUGCAUGUAAUUGAUGGCCAUAUGAUUAUGGCAAUCAAUGUCAAAACAUCAACAUUGGUCGAUUCGAUGAGGAAAAUGGAAAUCAGCGUUGAGCGCUCGCAUCGUGAAGAACGAGAAAGAUAUUUACAUAGGUUGCCGCGUGCCGAAGGCGCCGCCUUUGAUUCCAAUAGGCUUCAGCAUGAGCCACUGUGUCUGAAGGAUACGCGGGCCAGUAUGCUCCGCUUGAUUUACGAAUGGAGUGAGACGCCUCAUGGCCAACACGUGUUCUGGCUUAGUGGAAUGGCAGGGACGGGAAAAUCCACAAUCGCCCGCACCGUUGCGCGCCGCUUCUCCGAAAGAGGACAACUUGAGCCAGUUUCUUCUUCGCGAAAGGCAAGGGUGCUCUCGCCGAUGCCUCCAACGAGCGGACGAAAGACCAAUGGGAGUAUUUCAUCCGGAAGCCAUUGUCCGAAAUCGAUACUCCGACGAUGUUCAAUUACUCCUUCAGCUUUUCAAGAAUUCAAGGGAUGUCGGCAACGUCAAGCUACGAAUUUUCGUCACGAGCAGGCCAGAGCAGCCAAUCGACCUUGGAGCACGUUUCAGGAAGAAACAGGACGAGAUAUUUCGGCUUUUUUACAGCAUGAGCUCACGCUAGUCCGUAAAAAAAGCGGCCUUGCGGAAGACUGGCCAAAAGUCAAAGAUGUGGAAAAGCUGGUGCAGAAAGCCAAUGGCCUCUUCAUCUAUGCUGCGACUGCGUGCAAGUUCAUUGGGGACACGAAUUUUCUUCCGAAGAAGCAGUUGUCAACACUUCUGAAGAAGAGUGUUCGCGGCAACUCACAACGGCAGAAACUUGAUAAGAUGUACAUGCAGGUUCUAACGCAGUCGAUUUUGAGUGACUGCGAGCUAUACGAUCAGCCAAGGGUCUUAGAAAGGUUCAGAAAAGUCGUGGGAUACAUUGUGAUCUUAUGCGAGUCACUACGCGUAAGAGAUCUAUCUCAUCUACUCCCAGCCGGAGGAGGGGAAAGUGGAGGUAGAGGACAGAGGGACACCAACAACGAAGAGGACGACGAGGACGACAAGAGCGACGAGGACGACGAGAGUGACGAGAACGACGAGAGUGGCGGCGAUAAUGAGAAAGAUGAGAGGGAGGAUCCGGAAGAGGAAGUGAAGAUCACAUUGAAUGAGCUCGGAUCGGUCUUGGACGUGUCGAACCUUACUGAAGUCGCUCCCUAACUAAUUCACCCAUCCUUUCGCGACUUCCUUCCCGAUGAAAAAAGUUGUACCGAUCUUCGGUUCUGGGUUGAUGGGAAAAAGACACAUACAGAUUUGACACGAAGCUGCCUUGAGACUAUGUCUAAGAGCUUACGGAAAGAUAUUUGCAAUCUACGCUUACCAGGCACUCUUGCAGAGGAAGUUGAUCGAAGC